AAUAUUGAAUAAGUUUCUUGAUGACAUAUCAUAUACACAGUUUUCGGAAAAUAGUGCCAAUAAUCAAUUCUAUCAUGAAGUUUUAAAAUGGACAUGUAUUUUUGGUAGUUUAAAGUGCAAAGAACAUGUUAUUACAAUAUUCGAAUUGCAAUCUUGGGAUCCUGCACAGUACAAACUGUUGCCAAGUUGGCAGAAGUGGAUAUAUUGCCAAAGACUAAUGUUAGAGACUGUCAUUUAUGAAACGUCUGCUGUGUGGCAAGAUAUAGUCAAGAUAUACCAGAAACAAGAGAAACUAGAACAACUUUUCGAAUUCUUACCUUGCUCUAAACACUAUCAGGAGCGGUUGGUCUUUCUCUCGUUUCUUGAUCGUAACUCUUUACUAAUACCUGAAAGUAGUUUAAAUGCAGACAAUGGUGAUGUUUACAAAACAAUUGUAAAUGAAAAGAAAAGUGUUACUGUUACUUUACUUUUUAAUANUUUUGCUAUGCAUUCAAAAAUUAUGUCAGCGCUUGAUGAUAUACUAAUUGGACUAGGAAAUGGAAUAGGAAGAGACGUGAACAUACUAGCAAUAAUAAAUUGUAUUAUAAACAACAUAUAUUCAGCCGACGGUUUGACAAGGAUUGCUAACGAACUAUUUUUAAAGAAAGUGCUGCAUAUGCAUCACAUGAUAAAUGAAUCAUUUGUUCUCGAUGCCAUUAACAAAAAAGUUGAAAUUCGACGUGAGUUUUUGAUUAAAAUGGAAACUACGCUUUAUUGUGAGCCACAGUAUAGUUUUAAUUACAAACGCUACUACGUAGUGUCGCCCGCUGGCUGUAAAUAAGUUUUCUUUUUAUAAUAAACCACUGUAUGUAUUUCUUUUUUUUUAUUACAGUUUAUAGUUUGUAACCAAAAUCUUUUAGAUAAAAAUGUCUACUGAUUUGUCGUGUCCAAAUCUUGUGUGUUUUUUUAAGUAAGAUUUAUUUUACGAUAACAAAAUCGACUUAUUAAUUAUAGCUAAAAU